AGAGCGAAGUGUCAGAUUGUGUCAGAUACAGAGACCAGAAACGAGCCAAUAGUGCUUUUGCGGCAGGACGUGUGUAACCUUAUUAUUUAUAUAUUGACUUGAUAAAAAAAUCUUAUGCAACGCUCAUGAUAAUAAUGGUCUUAUCAGGUCUUAUCACUGAACGUGUAAAGUAUAAUAUACAUUUUGGUUGUUUGUGAGUGUACAAAAUAACAUUCAAACUGGCGACUGAUAGUGGUAGUGACAGCAAGUCAAAUAUGGCUUCUUCAGCGAGAAUUAUUCAGACAAAUUCAGCAUGGUUUCAGAAAAAAAUUAAUUUAAGACCACAGCAUAGAGGAGUGCACUUAGUUACAGAAGAAAUUUUACGACAGAUUCCAGAAUUAUCCCAAUUUGCAAUGGGGCUGUGCCAUGUACAAAUCCUUCAUACAUCAGCCAGUUUGGCACUAAAUGAAAGCUGGGAUCCUGAUGUCAGAGAUGAUAUGGAGAUGAUGUUAAACAAAAUAGUGCCUCAAGGCCUACCAUAUAGGCAUUCAUGUGAGGGACCUGAUGACAUGCCUGCACAUGUAAAGGCGUGCUUCUUGGGUUCGUCGCUCACAAUUCCAAUAACGGAGGGUAAAUUGAAUCUUGGUACGUGGCAAGGGGUAUGGUUGUGUGAACAUAGGGACCAUGCGGGGUCGCGAAAGCUACUAAUCACGCUCAAUGGGUGUCUGCGGGAUGCCACGUGCACCCCUUUAUCGCCAGUCAGUCCAAUGGCAAGCACGAGCAGUUAGGGAAAACACUCGGGCCACUCACUGUCGAAACACUGAGCGUCCCGAGUUAUUCAGCCAAGUUAACUACUAAAUAAUAUUAAAAUAAUAUUUUAGUGUCGCACAGACUCAAAAAAUCUAUGACAAUAUGUACAUAUGUGUACAUUUGGGUUAAUUUUGCGUUGUAAAACUGGAGUCGUUCCAUUAAUUAGGAUAAAAGUCACUGCUGCGUAGAUUAUGAUGAAGUUCAUUAAUGGUAAGUUUGGUUUAUUUGCCCCUUUUUAUUUUUUAAAUUAAGUUUUACUUUUACAUUGGGCACGAAAUGUGAUGUGCAAAGUUAUUUAAUCACAUCAAUUUUAAAAAGGAAUUAAUAUUCUUUUCAGUAGUACAAACAUUUCUAACACAUGAACAAACUUUUAAAUUAUUCUAAAUUUGCCAUUAGAUUAUUAAUCUGUAUUUUUUUAUCAAUUAUUGAUUUUUACACAUUUGUUUAGUUUUUAUUUAUAGAAUCCUUAUAGAUUUUGAAAGCUCUGAUUUCUAUUUGCAUUAGAUAGAUUAUGAAUACAUUGCAUUUGUUAGAUUUAAAUAACAUUCCAUAUUUCAUAGUUCUAGUAUUCGUUUUAAUUACGUACGAUUUACACAAUGAAUAGAAUGUUAAUUUUGCUAAAAGAUUAGUUGAACAGUUUGCACCCAUAUUUUGCCCUGAUUGUGGUUUUGGAAAUAAGGCAACUCGAAAAAGGCUGUAAAUAGUAAAACACUGUUUUUGUUUUAUCUGUGCCUUUAUCUAGGCAAAUUUUCUUGAUAUAUGUGUACUUGCAGAACUAUUCUGUUUGUCGUUUAGUUUUAAUCUAUAGGAUAUAAAUUUAUUAUUUUGAAUGGUUGAAGAUUUGGUUUGUUCAAAAUGAAAACGGUUGCUCUCCUUUUUAUGACAUUACAUAAAUAAAAAUAUACACAUAUAAGAUUACAAGUGUGUGUAGUUGUAGCUUUUUAUAAUUUUGCACAGUAGUUUGAAACACUCUCUGUACAUCAUAGCAAACAGAAGAUCAAGCAGAAUGGUUCUUUCGAAUGUCUAUUUUUAAGUAUCUACAUAAAUCGAUUAAUUAUUAAUUAAUCCACCAAGACAAAGACAAAAAUACCACACGGAUUAAAAUGUAAAUAAUAUUAUAAUACGGGUUGUAAAUAGUGUGUUUUUGGGAAAGGAUGGAUCGUCUUCCUUUUUCUCCCGUAGCAAUAUCCGGUAGUGAAGCUUCCUUCCUUCUUAUCCCAUCACAAGUUUAAAUGUGAUUAUUCAUUUAUUCAUGCAGAAAAAGAAAAUAAUUGAGUUCUAAACAAGUUAUCUGAGGAGGUGCUGUGUUGUGUUGUUUUUCUUUUUUAAUCGAUAAGUAGUUAUUUUUUUUUUGUGUAUUGUCACACCCUGGUGGUAUGUACAUGUAGGUACGUUAAUCUUUUAUUGUUAUAUUAUUUAUGUUUUAUUCAAUUUGUAGUGAAAGGACCGCACGUCGUUUGUAGAUAUAAGGCCUGUAUUUAGGCCGUCGAUCUUAAUAGGUAGUUAAAUAUUCCUUAUUAAAAGUAAAUUAAAUUUCGUAGAGAUUUUCUAAGCGCACCCUGGAUAAUGACGUCAUCUGUGAACGACGUGCUAUCCUUGGCUGAUAACGAAACGUGCUGUGUUAUAUUUCUCUAAACAAAUCUAACAAAAAGGGCUUAACGGAGCACAAACCAGUUAACAUCCUUCUUAAAUUAUAGGUCUCAUAGUUUUAUGUACUUUAUUACCAAAAUCUUAAAUGUUAAUUGCUGCAUAAAAAAGAUUCAGACAAGAGCUGAUGGGAGGCAAGAAUAGAAGAUGUUUUUAAUUUGUUCGAAUUUCUAAAAAAAAA